AAUGGCUCAGUAUCAGCCUACAUAAGGCUGCAGGGCCAAUUUACUAGAAGAAGAAGAAAGAAAGUGCAGGCGUGUGAGCCACGAGAUUGAGCAUAGUGAAAAUCUAAGUUGUGAUCAAGCUUCAGUUCUAAUCAAGUUGGCUGAAGCAUAUGACUGUGUACAAUCAACGUGCACACCACAAACAUGUGAGAGAAGUCACCAUGCUCGCUCACGAGCAAAUAGGACUGAGAAAAGAAUCAAGUUGAGCCGGUUGUCAAAUAGCCACGGUAGUGUCGUCCUAAUUAUCUGUAACUUUGGAAAAAAUCCUUUUUUUGUAUUGCAAGUUGUCUAAUCAAGCUGACUGAAGCAUAUGACAACCUAAUGAAGCUGUGUACAACCAGCGUGCGCACCACAGACAUAUGAGAGAAGUCACCACGCUCGGUCACGAGCAAAUAGGACUGAGAAAAGAAUCAAGUUGAGCCAUUUGUCAAAUAGCCAUGGUAGUGUCGUCCUAAUUAUCUGUAACUUUGGCAAGGAUUCUUUUUUCGUAUUGCAAGCCUUGAAAAGUAGACGUUGCUAUGUAGUUUACAUCCACUUUGUCAGAGGGCAGUAGUGCGCGGCAGCAUUUUGAGGUUACAGGUUUUGGGUCAUCAUGUCCUCUCUCAGGUUUCUCUCUGUCCAAACUAUAUCGUUGGUCAUCGUUGCACGUGCCAACCAGUGCCAACGUGUGCACGCCUUGUUUGAAAUUCGUGGCGGUGAGAAGUGAGGUUACAAAUCUAUUAAUUUGGAACAUAAGCAAAUUCGAAAGGAAUAUCAUGGAAAUCGAGUCUGUUAAGAAGAAUCGUCUUAAAAUGAAAUCGAAAGAUAAAGCCAUGAGCACGAAUAAGGACCAUAAGGACGAAAUUCAGAUACAAAUACGUUUUAUAACUAAGCAGCAGCAAUUUGCAGUACCAGAUUUUCCCUUAUCGGUCCAUAGCUCGAUAAUCACCGACGAAUUAAACACCCUGAUAAACGAACUUCUGAGAGAGUCGAAUGAUAUCCAAGACCAAGUGGAAUUUGAUUUUCUGAUAUGCUCACAGUUUCUACGUAGCUCUUUGAUAGAACACAUCACUGAUAGAGAAAUUUCUACAGAGGAUGUGAUAGAUAUAGAGUAUGUGGAAAAGCAUCCUUCACCAGAGCCAAAGGAUUGCCUGAUACAUGACGAUUGGGUAUCAGCUGUUGCUGUUUGUGGAAAAUGGAUUCUAACUGGUUCUUAUGAUAAUAUGCUACACAUUUGGACAUUAAAAGGCAAGCAUCAUCUUGUGAUUCCUGGACAUAUAUCUCCUGUCAGGGCAGUGGCUUGGAUAUCUCUUAAUGACGAUAAUGCUUCCUUCGUUAGUGCAUCAAUGGACCAGACAUGUAUGAUAUGGAAUUGGGAUAUAACAAAGAAUUCUGUGGAAUGUAUACAUAUCUGCAAAGGACACAGAAGAAGCAUUGAAGCAGUCAGUAUUAAUUACGAUAAAACGUUAAUGGCAACUGGUGCUUGGGAUAAUAUGCUAUAUAUUUGGUCAACAUCUACACAUGAGGAUGACAAUGAUGGAGAAUCCGCGUCGAAAAGAGCAAGAUCGGAAUACGCAAAUAAAACGAAGACGCCGAAAUGCGCGAUGAAAGGACACAAGCAAGCGAUCAGCGCGAUCGUGUGGUCCGACAAAACGGAAAUCAUUACAGGCUCAUGGGAUCAUACUAUAAAAACUUGGGAUACCGAAUUAAACGGCAUUAAACAGGAAAUAUAUGGUGACAAGUGUUUCUUUGACAUUGAUUAUUCGCCAUUGUCACGAGUCGUGAUAGCGGGAUCAGCAGACCAACAUGUGAGGCUGUAUGAUCCGAGGUCUACAGAAGGUACGAUUGUGAAAGCUAGAUUUACCUCUCACACGCAAUGGGUGACGUCAGUACGCUGGUCGACCAUAGACGAACACCUCUUUAUUUCAGGAGCAUAUGAUAAUAUCGUCAAGCUCUGGGACACGAGAAGCCCCAAGGCACCGCUGUUUGAUCUCCUGGGACACGAAGACAAAGUCCUCAGCUGCGAUUGGUCCAAUCCUAAAUUGAUAAUGUCCGGUGGUGCAGACAAUACACUAAGGAUAUUCAAAUCCAACCACGUAGAGCGUUAAUUACAAAUAGAAUUUGUUAUAAAAUAUUGUUCUGUCGCUAACAAAACGAUCUUCUCCCGUUUCAUAAGAUAAUGUGCAUAAAUUUGUCAUAUUGAUAGUUAAUAAAAUUUAAAUUAGAAAAUUAACAAAAAUAGAUUAUUACGCAAAAGGCGUCUCAAUCACUUUUUGUGAUGACUGUAAUUUUUAUCUUUCGCGUUUGAGAAUCUUUUUCUUAGUUUGCACUAAAUGAUGUGCUUUUUUAUAUCAUUGGAAAUGAAAAUAUAUUGACGAGUCCAUCGAGAAAUCGACUUUAUAUUCAAUCAUAUAAUAUCGUAUGUGAAGAAUAUAAAGACCUGAUCGAUGGUACGAAUAUGACAAUCCAUUUCUUAUAAUAAUAAAAAAAAUAAAAUUGAAAAUACUAACAGAUUAAUACUAAAGGAUCUUAACAAAAACGUGCUUUUUCAUUUUUUUCCCGUAUUAGUAGCCGUUCUCUCCUUUCUUCUCUUCCUGGAUUUCUUUCUUCAAGAACUACGUACGCGAGAUGGGUGAAGUAAGAGUCGUGUCGCUCGGCAUAAAUCCCCAAAAACAGAUCGUUUAUUGAUCAAAAAUAAGGGAUGAUAAUCGUGACGAAUCCGGGAACUCGCUCUUCCCGCGCAUCGCGAAUUAUUUAAUUAUUUACCAAACCGUUUCUUCAUUACUCGUAAGUAACUCUAAAAAGACCACCGAUUCAAGUGCACGCCCCUAUAGUAGAGACACACAUAGGGUGUUUCGCGGUAAUAAUACAGGAGCAGCGGAGAGCGUGCAUACUCUCCGCGAUAGCGCACGCACAUUUUUUCCCUUUUUUUUUCUUUCUGUACAACUGUGUGUUUUUUGUAUGUGUGUAUGUCUGUAUGUAUUCCUUAUAAGCGUGUGCUGUGUGUAAAAUAGGCAGAUGACGAUUCUUCGAGAGUACACGUUAUCUUCUUUUUUCUUCGAAGUUACGCACACACCUACGUACACACAUGCGCACACUCUCUUCCUCUCGCUCGUACA